CAGACUUCAAAUAGACGGAACUGGCAGAGUUGUAAGCACUGACAUCCGAUUCCGGGAACUGAUCGUCGGAAAAAGCUUCCGGAGAAACGUUCUUGCUUCUCAUCAGCAAGAAGAAGAAGAAGAAGAAGAAGAACUGGCUUUUGAAACUCUCAUGGCUCGCCAUUUCUCACCAUCUCUGAUUAUCACCGCGCUGCUAAUUUUAGUUGUUGCUUCCAGCUUCGUCUCGAUUUCAACCGCGUUACCGUUCGUUGUGUUCCAUGGGCUUGGAGAUCAAUGCAUCAGUCCAGAAAUGAUAAAGCUUACCCAUAAACUGAGCAAGUGGUCCUCUUAUAAAGGAUAUUGCAUAGAAGUUGGAGAUGGCUUAUGGGAUUCCUGGUUUAGGCCCCUGGAGGUGCAGGUUGCAGAAGUUUGUGAAAAGAUCAAAAAAAUGGUAGAACUCAAGGCUGGUUACAACAUAGUUGGUCUUUCUCAGGGAAACUUGAUAGCCAGAGGUGUUAUACAGUAUUGUGACGGUGCACCCCCUGUAAAAACAUUUAUAUCACUAGGAGGACCUCAUGCUGGUACUGCUUCUGUUCCUGGUUGUACUGGAAUUUUUUGCAUUGUGGCUGAUAACCUAAUUAAGUCCGAGGUCUAUAGCGAUUAUGUCCAGACUCACUUGGCCCCAAGUGGUUAUGUAAAGCUACCAAAUGAUAUUCCUUCAUAUUUGAAAAAAUGUAGAUUUCUUCCAAAGCUCAAUAAUGAACUCCCCCACGCAAGAAAUGUCACUUACAAGCAGCGGUUCAGUAGCUUAGAAUCCUUGGUGCUUAUCAUGUUUGAGGAUGACGCAGUGCUAAUUCCAAAAGAAACAGCCUGGUUUGGAUACUAUCCUAAUGGAGCUUUUACCCCGGUUUUAUCCCCAAGAAAGACAGAGCUUUAUACGCAGGACUGGAUUGGUUUGAAAACUUUAGACAAAGCUGGGAAGGUGAAGUUUCUGAAGAUCGAUGAUGAUCACUUGUCACUUGAUAAUCGCAAUAUGAAGAAAUACAUUGUCCCUUACUUGUCGGGGAGUGGAUCCUCGAGUAGGGUUGAUUAUGAGGAGGAUUCUUCUUCUUCACCAGAUGAUGAUGACGAAGAUUUUUAAUUCCCCAACUCUUUUAUCCCACUCUUGAGAUCUAGAUCUAUAUAUUUUUAUCUAUAUAUAUAAAAAUCCAUAUUUGUAUAUUAAUGUCAUGAUGAUAUAUAUAUAAUCUUUUGACUUGUAUAAUGAAAUUUUGUUGUUCCCAUGUCAAACAGCAAGAAAAGAUGCUCCAACUUAACUACCUUAUAAGUCAUUUAUGUUCAGAAAUUCUAACUUGAGUUAGAUAGUAUGAGAGUUAUUAUCUCAAGGUUUCAAGUUGAUUCAUAUU